GCGUUUCGUGCCCAUUUUAGUCAGUCCGUCAGCACAGAGAAUAUGAGAAGAUCACAUUGAAAUGAAAAGGGCUGCCUUAACCCACAUCUUCAACUGUCACAGCUGAGCACUUGCACUUAUUGAUUAAAUUAUUUUAUGUGUUCAAAUUACAAAGAGUACAAGAGACGGACAGCUGCAGGCUGUUUAGCCAGAGGGACGUCAUCUACUAACACUGUUGUAUUAUUUUUAUGGAGUGUAAAUUAGGCAUAUUUCAGGAUGGCAGCCUCUACAGAAAUGAUAAUAGCCACAAGCUUGUAUACAUCAAUCCCUGAGUUCACCCACAGUGCGGUAGAGGAUUGGAGUCCUGAGCACAAUGGAACAGUCUGUGAGAACUGGAAGGAGGUUCACCAUGUGGUCUUUCAUACCGCAAAUAUCUGUUUUGCCAUUGGGCUUAUUAUUCCAACUACACUAAACCUUCACAUGAUAUUUCUACGCACCAUGCUGAUGAUAGGAUGCUCUCUUUUCAUUGCCUGGGCAACCCUCUACAGAUGUGCCUUAGAUAUUAUGAUCUGGAACUCAGUGUUCCUUCUUGUCAAUGUCAUGCAUUUGUUCUACCUUGUAUACAAAAAGAGACCAAUUCAAAUUGAUAGGGAAUUAAGUGCUGUGUACAAAAGAAUGUUUGAGCCUCUUCACGUGCCUGCAGACGUGUUCCAAAGGCUGACAGGACAGUUCUGCACCAUCCAGACACUUAAAAAGGACCAGACGUAUGCUGCAGAGAACAAGACCUCUGUCGACGGCAGACUGAGCGUUCUGCUAAAGGGAAAAAUGAAGGUCUCAUAUCGUGGACAUUUUCUUCACAACAUUUAUUGUAAUGCCUUCAUAGACUCUCCUGAAUUCAGAUCAACUCAGAUGAACCGUGGUGAAAGAUUCCAGGUCAGCGUCACAGCGGAAGAGAGCUGCAAGUUCUUGUGCUGGUCUCGAGAAAGGCUAACCUAUUUUUUGGAGUCUGAACCUUUCUUAAAUGAAGUGUUCAGGUAUCUUAUCGGCAAAGACAUUACCAACAAGCUCUACUCAUUAAAUGAUCCCACAUUAAGCGAUAAGACAGCCAAAAAGUUGGACCGCCAGCCCAGCCUGUGCUCUCAGCUGUCAAUGAUGCAGAUGAGGAACAGCAUGGCCAGCUCCAGUGAAAGUGACGUCGUUCUGAACCAGUUCCUCCGUGGGGGCUCCACGGCCGCUCUGCAUAACACAAGGCCUUCAACCAAAAUGAAGCCUAUUGAAGAAAGUGUUGAGGAUGAUGUCUUUGAACCUGCCAUCCAAGUUAAACGAUCAGGCCCAAGACAAGAAGCUGGAGGGAGGACCUCAAAGACUGAAGAGGUUUAACCCAAUGACAACUACAGCCCCCUAGCUGCAAGAAUAUCACCACUUUAAAUGGCUGUACCUCUUCCCUUCUCCAACUGACACCCAAGAGUGUUUUGAAGUUUAUCAGCUUGAAAUGAUGGAAAACGAAUAAGAAUCUGUCCUUUUCAGUAUGUGUUUGUGUGUUUAGUUAUGUAUUAUUUGUCUGUGUGUGUGUGUGUGUGUGUGUGUGUGUGUGUGUCUUUAUGCUUGUACAGGAGAGCGUUGUUCACUCAUUCCUGAAAUAAACUCACCACUCAAUUACCAGUGAAUAGCACAUUACACCUUUUUGAAUCUCUGCCAGCAAGUACACGAGUUCUUACUUCAACUUGUUUUUGGAACAGAAAUAUAUUCUUGUCACCACAUUGUAAAUCAAUGCCAUGAUAAUAGGCAGGUUGUACCGAUUUUAUUGUACAGAACAUAAAUACAAGGCUGGACAGCAGGAGUUUAAACCCUUCCCUAAAAUGAUCACUUCAUGCCGGCGCACACUCCUAGGUUAAUAAAGAAAGUGUGGGAACAAGCUGUAUACUGACAACAGCGAAAUGAAAAAAAGACCUGUAAGCAGCUCACAAACCAGUGAAUGGAACCCCAGUUGAAGCAGGGCCUGAGAAGACCAUCUACCAGGUGCAAGUUCUGAAAUUUAUUGGGGAAAAGGGAACUGCAAGGACUUUCAAAAGGCCUUCCCUGCACGCCGUAGUUUUGAGAAGAGAACGACGUAGCGGUUCUUUGUGAUUAGUCUGGAUUUUUCAUUCCUCAAAACUAGUCCUGGAUUGUGUAGACAAAGAUGAGAUAGCAUUGAGGACCCUUGUCUACUAGGACGUAAAGUGCCCGAUACAUAAUUAAUAAUACUUUUCUCUGGCCGCCUAACCAGUACCCUGAAACUCUCACCAAAGACAAGAAAACUAGGGAUCCUUGCCAAGGUAUCAUGGAAUCAGUAAUGUUGAAACUGACGAAAGUUGUAGAUUAACAUAAUGCAGUAAGAUUUUUUUUCAGGAAUGUACCAACAACCACUCUGUAUUUGAUUAAUUGUAAAACAACUAUCAUGAGAAAACAAAAUAGUGUUUCACAGUGUAAAUGAUACCAGACCAGUGUGAUGAUAAUGGAGUGCGAAGAGCACAUAUUGUUUCAGUUUUCACAGAAUAUCACAAUAUUCCCUUAAUUAUUCACAGCAACAACCUGCGUGAAGCAGUUUUUUCACCUAUCACUUUGUAAGUGAAUGUCACGUUUGAUACAUUUUGUUCAAUAACUGGGGUCUUUUUUUUAUGGUAUACCUACAUGUUGUCAUUAUUUAGGCAGUUUAUACAGAUAUUCAACUGUAUAGAUGCAGGAUAGAUGGCUGUGUAGGUUUUCAAGGAAAGUCAUGUUUGACUGCUAUGUUAAGAGGAAGGCUUAACCAAAUCUAGAUAUUGUACUCAAUCAGAAAUGAAGAUAACACAGAUUUAAUGUAAACCAGGUUAGGGACAGCAUCUUUUCCCCCUCCAGAGGGCUAUGAAAUUGAACCGAUAAAAUGAGUUUUCUGUUCUUGACCUAAUUCUCAAAUGGGCAUAAACCAAUAGUAGGCUGCAAAAAACAUAAUUAGAACUGGGUAAAGGUGUCUUACUGGGGACAUAGUGAUUGUUUUUUUAAUGAACAAAGCACACUUGAAUGAAAUAAUAUAAUGUCAAAAUAUUUCAAUAUAGUAUCUUAGAGAAUACCAGUUCAUUUUCAGGGUUUUACAAAGAGAUUUUUUUGUAAUAUGUUGUGUAUGUUUUUGGUGACCUUUGUUCUUCACUUUUUUAGAAUUUUUUUUUUUUUUUUUUUUAAACACAAGGUGCCUUUAUCAGAUCUGAGCUAUGUUUUAGGCCACUGGCAAGUUUUGUAUACAAAAAGCACAACAUUACAUGUUCAACACAAAUAAAAAAUAUUAUCAAA